AUACACUUUUUUAUUUUUGGGGCAUUACUAGCACACUUAGAUUUCUUUAAAUAUAAAUAAUAUCUUUAUCAUAUCAUCUUUUUUGUAUUAAAUUGUAAACAUCUAAGAGAAACAAAAUAUAUUGAAUUACUUUCGUCUGCAAAAAAAAAUCAGAAAUGAGAAAAAUAAUUUUGAGAUUAGGCGAAGUUUCUUGUACUUCUAUCCCAUGCAAAAGUGCAAACAUUCACGGAAAUCACAACACGGUAGCGUGAUUCCGAUGACAGCAAUAUUCCUUGGAUGAAUGGAACAAAUCGUAACUCAAAUACCUUCAAACCGAAAACACCUGAACAUGAAAUUCAUGGAAAAACCAGUUUUAUUACGUACGUCAUAAUGGUAACAAUCGUAUAUCUUAAGGUAUACAAAAUUAAUAGUUUAUAGUUCGAACUAUGAACGCGUGGCCUAAUGAAGGCGGCGAUGGAAUGGGACCUACUGUUACACGCACAAAUAGUGCAAAGGUCCCAACUCCGCCGCUGAAAAAUGGUAGUGAUUUACGUGAAUCAGGGUAUUUAAUAGCUGUCGGGUCCAGAACUGCCAGGUUUAGAAGAAAACAUAAAAAUAAAAUGUUAUUAACAUGUUUAUUCAUAUUACUAUUACUGUUGUUAAGUCUUUUUAUAACAAUGACUGUUUUAUAUGUAAAACAAAAGCGUCACAGAACAGCAGGAGUGUGUGAAAGCAAGGAAUGUUUACGUUCAGCCGCUAAUCUAGCUUUGUCAAUGGAUCAAAGUGUGGACCCUUGUAGUGAUUUUUAUCAGUACAUCUGUGGCAACUGGGCGCAAGAGCAUCCUCGUCCAGACGCCUAUAGAUCGUAUGAUUGGUUCAGAGAGAAACAAAUCAAGGUGUACACGCUUGUACGUGACUUUCUACAUAAGAAUACUACUGACCAACCAAAGCCGGUGCAACAGGCUAAAGACGUUUAUACUGCUUGUAUGGAUACAGACAAACUAGACAAACGAGGAUUAAAACCAGUUCUCAAAGUAUUAGAAAAGUUAGGACUACCCUCAUAUCCAACGUAUUUAAAUUUAACAGACGUAGAUUAUUCUGCUUUCACAUUCGACUGGGUAGAGACGGUAAUUAAAAUAAAAACUCAGCUAGGAAUGGAUGUUCUAAUAGGAUUCGAUAUUAUCACAGAUCCUGUGAAUUCAUCAGUUUAUAGACUUAUUAUGGGAACACCAGAAACUACGAAUCCCUUUCCAAGUAUGUACACAGACAGGAAACACCAUGGCAGUAGGCAUCGUUAUAAAAUACCUAAUUUCAAUAAUAAAUUAAAACAAGAGUUUAAUAAAGAAGCAGGAUAUGGAAAUAGCAAAGAAAUAGAUGAAGACAAAGAAUCUGAAAUAUAUCAAUUGUUUUAUGCUCAUCUUAUUAAACUAUUUGCUUUAGAGACGGAUGAUGGUAAAAGAUCGAAUUUAACUGAUGCGGAGUUGGAUCAGAAUUCACUUUUAGCUGCUGCUGAAUAUUAUUCUAUUUACUAUGAUCUGACUGCGCUUGAAUCAGACAACUCAACCAACAUAGAUGAAGAAAAAUAUAUAAUAAUACCAAAUUACAAAGUAGACUAUGUGCAAAAGUAUACAGAUUCUGUAGUUAAAGCAAACAACAGAACAGCUAUACCAAUAUGGAAACGAUAUUUAGAAGGAGUAUUUAAUAUAAGUGAAGUGACGUUGGAUUUUAAAAAGGAUAAAAUUUUGAUUUCUGCACCAGAUUUUGCUUAUAUGGCGGCUAUGGCAGCGUACACUGCUAUGAUAUCUCCUGUAGUUAUUGAACUAUACAUUUGGGUUAAGGUAGUAGAAGUCCUAGCACUUCACACGACAACAGAACUGUCCGCUCUAUACGAGCGCACAUCUGCAGAGCUGCAUACAGGUCAUGUGACGUCAUCACGCAGCUUACAAUGCGCUAAUGUGGUCAAUGACAUGCUCGGUAUGGCGGUGGCUUAUGCUAUCGCUGAUCAGAACUUCUUUAAUGUUACCAAGCCUAAGAUAGAAUCAAUGCUACAUGAACUAAAGAACGCAUUAGCCCAUCUCAUAGGAAUGACUAAAUGGAUGGACGAUGACACAAAAUUAGCCACUUAUAGAAAAAUAGUAGAAAUGAAAACUUUAGUAGGUUUUCCAGACUGGCUAUUAGAAGAAGGAAGACUAGAAGAACAUUAUAAAGGCCUAGAAAUAGAUACAGGGAAACAUUUAGAAAAUCUCGUUAAUAUAGUUCAAGUUAAAACUAAAAAAGCUUUAGAUAAAUUUCGUAGGGGAAAUAAUUAUACUUGGGCUACUGUUCCUACUGAAGUUAACGCAUAUCAUACGUUUCAAGAGAACACUAUAACUGUACCUUUAGUUAUGUUACAGCAUCCUUUCUUCGAUUUAGGACUGGAUUCCUUAAAUUACGGAUCCUUAGGCGCUGUUCUUGGACACGAAAUAACUCAUGGAUUUGAUAGUUUUGGUCGUCAAUUCGAUAAAAACGGUAACCUCAUACCAUGGUGGUCAAACGCCACAGUCGAAGCAUACGUCAAUAAAACCCAAUGCUUCAUCAAUCAGUACUCAUCAUUUUAUAUUCCACAAAUUAAAAAACAUGUAGAUGGUAAAAAAACACUAGGUGAGAAUAUAGCAGAUAACGGAGGAGUUAAAGAGGCCUUUGUAGCUUUCAAGGAACAUUUGAGAAAAUUUGGACCAGAACUAAAAUUGCCGGGCUUUGAGCAUCUCUCGUCAGAACAGUUGUUCUUUUUAUCCUAUGGUAAUCUAUGGUGUGGUAUUGCAACUCCAGAGUCUUUAAAAUCCGACUUAGAAGAUGAACAUGCUCCACAACACUUACGCGCUCGCGGCGCUUUACAGAACUACGAGGAAUUUGCUAGAGCUUUUCAGUGUCCACCCGGUUCUGUGAUGAAUCCGAGCAAGCGAUGUAUUAUAUUCUAAUUGAAAUUUAAUUUGAAUUUAAAUUAGCUAGGAAAAUGGGCUAGGAAAAUUAUGGUUUUCAAGUAAGGUAAGGUUUGGGGUAAGAAAAUUACUACGAGCAGUUUUCUAGGGCCUUAUAAUGUUACCCGGGUAUGUGAUGAAUCCUAACAAGCGAUGUAUUUUAUUUAUUCUAAUUGGGAACUGUGCCAGGGAAAAUACGGUCGGUUAGAUGUUUAAAAAUUGUGAAAUUUGGGUUUAGAAAUAACGAGUAGUUUCUCCGAACAUUAUGAGGCAAUUUAGAUUGUUUGAAUACGGUUAGUUAUUUUUUUAUAAUGAGAUUUAAAAUCGUUCAAAUAAGUUUUUGGUGUACAUUAUAUUGUUACCUAUCUAAUAAGUUU